AUGUUUACAAAUGAUGAUGAAAUCAAAGAUUUACCCGGACUCCCACAAGCUAUUAAUUUCAAGCAAUAUUCCGGUUAUUUGGAUAUAACUGAAGGCAAACAUUACUUCUAUUGGUUCGUUGAGAGUCAAAAGGAUCCCGAGAACGCACCGGUAGUCCUAUGGCUAAAUGGAGGGCCCGGU